AUGGGUGGGAGACAAUUGACCUUGCGCCUCCCAUUGCAAGCAAGCAAGAAGUCAAUUCCGAUUUCACGAUACAAAUAUCUAUUAAAGCCAGUGCGCCCUCUCCUUAUACUGUACACCCAACCAGAAUCGGGAACACUCGCCAUCUCCUCGUGGCUAAAACACAAGAGUGAGGAGGCUCCACGAGAGCGGAGAAUGAAGCGUACACGUGGAAGAGACUUGGAAAUACCCAAACACACUCAGCUCCAUGAAGAAGGCAAUGCGGUAGCUCUCGAAUGUGUGGCGGAGUCCAUUGAGAGCUCAUCGUAUGUCCAAAGCACCUGCAAUGAAACCGUUCGCAACGACUUGGCGGAUAUCUUUGCUCGAUUGGCGAUCGUGGAGACUGAGAUGAAGAAAGUGGCAAAACGGGUCAACAACAAAGUCACCGAGGGCCAGAGCAUCCGGCGAUCUCUGCGUCGGGGCAACAGUGAUUCAAGUUUGAUUUCGGCCAUUUGGACCGAAGCAAGAUAUCAGCUCCUGUUAGUCCUGAGGUAUCUGUACGUGAUUCGACUGCCAAAGACUAAAUGGAAUAGAAGGUGA